AUGUCGCGAAUCAUUGUUGGUCUCGUCGUCCUCUCCGGGCUCCUGGGGUCCGGCGACGCCCAGCGCUUCGACAACGGCACCGGCGCCGACAGCGCCACUGUCCGGUGGCUCGGCCGCACGCCCUCGUACAGCGCCGGCACGACCUUUGGCCUGCCCUGGGCCCGCGGCAAGCACUUUUCCAACUCGACCGAGUUCACCGUCUCCGGCGGCGGCCCGCUGCAGUCCUGGGUCACGGCCUACUGGUCCGACGGCUCCAUCAAGUGGACCGGCCACGCCAUCCCCGAGGCCAACACCAUCCUGGACGAGUACACCGUCAGCGCCUCGUCGUCGCCAAACUCGACGGCGCGCUUCUCCCGCACGAGGCGGCAGCAACAGCAGCAGCCCGGCGGCUUGACUGUGUCCGACUCCUCGGACGCCGUCAGCGUCGACACCGGCAAGCUCGCCGUGACGUUCCCCAAGUCCGGCAACGUCGUCGUCGGCGAGAUCAAGACCGCCUCCGGCAAGACCAUCGGCGAGAACGGUAGGCUCGUCCUACACUCCCAGUCCGGCGUCGAGGACCGCGCCGAGCUCAAGGGCCAGACCGGCAUCGCCCACUUCAACUUCGAAAGCAACGUCGAGGAGGUCACCGUCAGCAAGGACAACACCGCGCGCGCCCUCGUCACCGUCCGCGGCAAGCACACCGUCCAGGGCGAGGGCAGCCACCCCGACUGGCUCCCCUUCGUCCUGCGCUUUUACCUGUACCGCAACUCCGAGGCCGUCCGCAUCGUCCACACCGUCGUCUACGACGGCAAGGCCGACGAGGACUUCAUCUCCGGCCUCGGCAUCCGCUUCGAGGUCCCCCUCGAGGGGGAGGAGCAGUACAACCGCCACGUCAGAAUCUCCGGCAUCGACGGCGGCCUCCUCAGCGAGGCCGUCCAGGGCAUCACCGGCCUCCGCAGGGACCCCGGCGCCGCCGUCCGCACCGACCAGUACGAGGGCGCCGAGCUGCCUGACCCCGCGACGUGGGACCAGAGAGUCACCACCAGGCUCCACUGGAUCCCUACCUGGAGCGACUUCAGCCUGACCCAGUUGUCCCCCGACGGCUUCACCCUGAAGAAGCGCACCAAGGCCGGCCAGAGCUGGGUCAACAUCCCCGGCGGCACGCGCGCCGGGGGCCUCGCCUACCUCGGCGGCGCCACCAAGGGAGGCCUCGCCGUCGGCCUGCGCAACUUCUGGAAGCGCUACCCUACCGGCAUCGAUAUCGCCAACGCCGCCACCGACAGGGGCGAGAUCACCAUCUGGAUCUAUAGCCCUGCCGCGCCGGCCCUCGACCUCCGUCCCUACCACGACGGCCUCGGCCAGGACACGUACGCGGAGCAGCUCGACGCCCUCGAGAUCACGUACGAGGACUACGAGCCCGGCUUCAACAACCCGUACGGCGUCGCCCGCACCAACGAGAUCUUCCUCUACGGCUUCGAGUCGACCCCGAACCGCACCCUCCUCGCCGACCUGACCGAGCACACCAACAACCCGCCCGUCCUCUACGGCGAGCCCGGCCGUCUGGCCGAGACCAAGGCCCUCGGCAACUACUGGACGCCGCCCUCCGCGUCCCCCUCGGGCCUCGAGGCCGACGUCGAGAAGCACCUCGACUUCCUCUUCAGGUUCUACGAGGGCCAGGUGGAGCAGCGCAGGUGGUACGGCUUCUGGGACCACGGCGACUUCAUCCAUACCUACGACACGGACCGCCACCAGUGGCGCUACGACGUCGGCGGCUACGCCUGGGACAACUCGGAGCUCUCGCCCGACCUCUUCUUCUGGAACUACUUCCUCCGCACCGGCCGCGAGGACGUCUACCGCUUCGCCGAGGCCCUCGUCCGCCACACCGGCGAGGUCGACGUCUACCACCUCGGCGACCUCAAGGGCCUCGGCACCCGCCACGGCGUCCAGCACUGGGGCGACAGCGCCAAGCAGGCCCGCAUCUCCACCCCGCAGUACCGCAAGGCCUUCUACUUCGUCUCCGGCGGCGACGAGCGCACCGGCGACAUCGUCGAGGAGAUCCUCGACGCCGACAAGACCUACGGCGUCCUCGACCCCAACCGCAAGGUCCGCACCGACGGCUGGGUCCCGACCCCCAACGCCUCCGUCGCCGUCGGCCUCGGCACCGACUGGUCCUCCCUCGCCUCCUCCUGGCUCCUCGAGUGGGAGCGCCGCGGCCCCCGCUGGGAGGAGGCCCGCACCAAGCUCACCAACACGGCCGCCAGCAUCGCCCGCCUCAGGAACGGCUUCGUCACCGGCUCCGGCCUCUACAGCCUCGCCGACGGUACCUUGGGCCCGCCCCCCGCCGACCCGACCAACAACGGCACCGUCGCCGUCUCCCACCUGUCCGCCGUCUUCGGCCUCAUGGAGGUCGUCGCCGAGUUCAUCGAGCACGCCGGCGCCGACGACGUCCCCGAGGGCUUCGAGCAGGCCUGGUACGACUACUGCUACUACUACAGCGCCGGCGCCGCCGAGCAGACGGCCCGCUACGGCAAGGGCUUCGGCAACACGAGCCUCAAGCAGGGCCACUCGCGCCUCACGGCCUACGCCGCCCACCGCACCGCCAACGCGACCCUCGCCGCCCGCGCGUGGCGCGAGUUCUUCGACUCGGACGGCCUCAAGCAGACGGCGCCCUGGGCCGCCGUGCGCCUCGAGGGGAGCGCCGUGCUGGCGCCCGUCGACGAGGCCGCGUGGAUCUCCACCAACGACGUCGCGCUCUACGGGCAGGCCGCCAUAGUCAACUUGGCCCUCGUCGGGGGGUCCCUGGAGUAA